UUCUCUCUUCUCUACGCUUCUUGCUGUCUAGUACACGCUACCAUCAUUCUCUCUCCAAGCUUCGAUCUUUACCUUGCUCUUCGCCUCUCCCCUCUUCUGGCAUAGUCCAUUUGGCCAUCUUUAUCGCCUUCGCCAUUGCUCUCCUUCCUUCCCUUCUCCUUGCUGCAUCACGAGCUGCGUCUGACACCGAAGGAAAAGCAGUUGAACCGGUAGGUGAAGUUAGGGCUGAGCUGACUCCCGUGCGUCAUUCUGCGAUUCGUCCUCUUUUGAUAGUGUUCGGGAGGAAGACCAUCAGAUUUGGCUGUCGGUGGCCACCCAAGGCCACUCCGUCGGUGGAAGGAGAAAAAGGAGAUUUUUUUUGAGUUAAUGUUGGGAAAUUCGUUUUGUUUUCCCUCCCGUUUUGGUUGAUUCCUGAAUGGGAGUAGUCGUCAAGCACAGAGAUUUAAUGGAACCGUCCGAUAUAAGAUCUUUGGAGUAGAUAUGAUGAUCGGGGAAUGAGAAGAUUGUCGGGACCUGGCACCGUGAUUAGAUUGCGGAAGCCGCGCUGUGCUGCUUUCGUUGGUUUCUUUGGGUGAGGCAGUUUUGACCUUUCCUCCCAAAGGAAUGUGAUCUGUUUUCUGUUAUUAUGGUUUCAAUGCGAGGUAUAGGUUUAUUCAAGCAAGGGUGGAUAUGGGUUCGAUAUCAGAAGCAGUUCUCUUUAGAUGUGCGAGUUGCUGCGAAUUGUAUACGGGAAAAACUUGGACCUCUGAUUGAUCGCCACUGGCCGUUGUUUUAUAGCUGGUGCACGAUUGCAGGAAGAUUUCUUUUUAGAUCGCUAUUGCAAUGGAGUACUUACGCCGUGGGGGGUUUGAGGUCCCUGUUUACCUUGGGUUCGGCGGCUGUUUUUGUCAUUAUGUGGAGUUGCUUGCUUUGCUCGACUUCCACGACUUCCCUCUUUUAUGUGCUUCUAAGUCUGGGAUCUGCAGCCACAGCUAUUCAUCAUCUGGGCUUCACAUCUGGUAUUCUUAUUGUUGGGCUUUAUGGCAUUGGACUUGUGUGGUUGUAUGGAUGCUUUUGGAUAAUAGCAAUUUUACUAAUUGCCGGAGGUUAUAUGUUCUCCCUUAACCAUGCUCGAUUCUUGAUCUUAAUGACAACUGCUUAUGCUGUUCAUGUCAUCAAUGCCCGUGCUGGAUUGCACGGAGUUUUUUUGACAUUUAACCUAUCUUUUAUUUCCAACGGUAUAUUGAACAAACUACUUCAAGGAUAUGAGAGUACCAACAGAGGCGCUUGUGUUCAAGAAGAAAAGGAACCUGAAAAAGUUUCAGAAGAUGCUUCUGCUGACAAAGAAUAUACCCCUCCAUCUAAAGAAGCUGAAGAAGUGCCACCUCUCAAAUCAUCCUGCACAAUACCGAAGACAUCAAAUCUUUCAGACGUUCAUAAGCAUGCUUCCUCUAGCAGUGCUGUCAUGACUGAAUCAGCUUCAUUAGUUGAGAUGACAAGGAUAACGAAUAGUUCAAACCAUUAUGAAGUUAUGGGCCUCCUGAAGUAUGUGAAUUCUGACCCUAAGACAUUGAAGAAAGAAUACCAUAAAAAGGGCUUGCUUGUUCAUCCCGACAAGAAUCCAAAUAGUCCACUAUCUUGUGAAUCAUUUAAAAAGCUUCAGUGUGCAUAUGAGGUUCUUUCAGACUUCAUAAAAAAGAAAAAUUACGAUGAACAGUUAAGAAAGGAAGAAUCUGGGUGCGCGUGUCAGAGUUCUGGUACCUCUCGUUCUCAGGAGGAUGGUGUUGAAUACCGUGCUGAAGAAUCCAGGCAUAUCGAGUGCACCAAGUGUGGAAAUUCUCACAUAUGGAUAUGCACCAAUAGAAGUAAAAGUAGGGCAAGGUGGUGUCAGGGUUGCUCCCAGUAUCAUCAGGCCAAAGAUGGUGAUGGGUGGGUAGAGAGUGGCUACUCGCCAAUCUUGACACCUCACAAGGUGGAAAUACCACGAGCUUUUGUGUGUGCAGAAAGCAAAAUUUUUGAUGUUUCUGAAUGGGCGAUUUGUCAGGGCAUGGAAUGCAAGGCAAACACUCAUGGCCCAACCUUUCAUGUGAACAUGGUCGGCUUGAAUACAAUGGGGCUGCAAUCCAACCCUCUGAGACAUCCUUGGGGUUUGGAUGCCGAGAUGAUCAUCGAGGACGAUGAGUUCGAGUUGUGGUUUCAGCAGGCCUUGGCGUCUGGAAUAUUCUCGGAGAGUCCAAAGCGGCGAAAAAGUUGGCCGUUCAACAUUAACCACAAAGGCAUCAGAGCUUGGCUAAAAUCACCAUAAACUCAAACAGAUUCUUUGAUCGCAUAUAGAUAGCAUUUAGCAGAUAUCCUUUCGACGGAUGCUUCUGUGCCUCUCACACUCAGUAAGCUUCUGUAUCAUGAAAAACAGGUAACGAAUAGUCAUGGCUACACUAACAGAAAACAUCCACAGUUUGCUAAUCUGUAAAUAGGUCUUGGGGUAGCUGUUUUAGCAUCUACAUGCUACCGAUUCUCCAACACUUAAAACCGAUCAAUUCGAUCCAAGGCUACAUUAAUUUGUAGAAAGAACAAGUGAUCGAUGCCUUGAGCACAAGGCAUCUCCCUUAUGCAAUAUUUGUAGUUAAUGUCUAUAGUUUA